UGAUGAUUAAAGAUCUUGGAUGCCAAAACUAAAAUAGUAACAAUAAGGGUAGAUCGACAAGAAAGAGGAACCUAUGGUCAAUCUGAAUCUCAGUAUAGUAAAAAUCAACAGUCUGAACUCGAUCAAGCUUACAAAUACAGACAAACAAGAAAGAGACGGGGAGAGAGAAUAUGAUGAUACUUGGUAAUUCUUCAGGAUCCCACUUGUAGAUCCACUUGUAGAUGUCGAUUUUUUGUGAUUACUUGAGCUGGAUUCGGCGUCAACACAUUUUCAUCCUUAGAUAAUAGAGGAUCAGUUCCUCAUCGGUGGGGUGGAAUCGGAACCCAGGACGCCAAACCUUUGCAUCUCCAAAAUCAUCACAAGAUAGCAGUGUGGAAUCGGAACCCAGGAGGCCAAGCCUUUGCAUCUCCAAAGUCAUCAAAAGAUAGCUGUGUAGUCAGAAGAAUAUUUUGCUCUAUUGCCGAUAAACGAAUGAAUCAACAGAAAAAGAAGCAGAAAAAUCAGGAAAAAAACACCCAAAAAAUUAGGUCAAGAGUGUACGAAAGCCCUUUUUCUGUUUUGCUUCUCUCCUAUCCAGGAUCAAAAUCAAAACCUGAAGAGUCUCAGGAUCUCUUCUUUGCAAUCAAAGUCGAGACUCUCUUGCAAAAAAACUCUAAUUGCCUAACCAAAUCCAAUCCAACGAAAGUGAUAAUAGAGAGACAUAAAUAAAUGUAGCUUCCUCCAACCAAAACCCGUUGCCUGAUGCGGAACUCGUAGGAUGGGUGUGCUUUAAAAGAAGCGCCUGAAGGAGUCUCCGGUUGAGGAGAUGGCUGAACGGGAUGUGGUGUUUUAGAAGAGCGCUAAAGAGUGGCGGUUGUAGUGGUUUCAAAGAGAAUGAGAGGGGCGCCGACCUCUGCAGUUCCAAAGUAGGAUGGCGAUUCCGGAGAAGAGCGCAAGAGUAGCGAUUUCUAUGGUUCUGAGAGAUCUACAGUCCUAGCCGUAAGGAGUCUUACUGUUGUCCGAUCCAAGUUCCGGUGGUUUUGGCAGUUUCGGCGAAGAGAAUGAGAGGGAGAGGGAGAGGGAGAGGGAGAGAUCCGAGUAAUCUACCAUAAGGGUGAAAUAGUCUUUUUCAUAUCUAUGUUGACAGACGUUAAUGAUUAGGAAGCAUUAUUCAUUGUUAAAAACAAUAAGGGUAGCAUUAGUUAAUUUUCAAACACUAAGAUACUCUUAAUCAAUUAACUAAACCGUAAGGCUAGUUUAAGAAAUUAAACCAUUAGGAUUCUUGUCGGAACACCCCCCGCCGACCGAGUCCAAACGACAUGGAGUGUCCGACGACACCUGCUUCUCACUCUCACCGGCUUCUUUCUCCGGUGGUUUCCCACCAGAAACAUAAACCAUGCCAAAUAAAGCUUUGUACGAAGACUCAUUUCGAGUCAAAUGUCGAUUUCUUUGGCAUUUCUGCUUCUAUACAGGGGGAGAAGAGAAACUCGCUCUCAGGUAAACUCACAGAGCAGAGACACCAAACCUUGUUAAGCAUAAAACAUCACCGGGAGAAGUAUUGGGUUCACUUCAUUGGCAUUGGAGGCUGUGGUUUAUCCGCCCUCGCCAUGCUUGCUCUCAAACAAGGAAUGGAGGUCAGCGGCUCGGAUAUUGUAUGGAGCAGCUUUAUGGAUGGAUUGCAAGAAGCGGGGGCACGAUUAUAUUUGGGUCACUCGAUAUCAAAUAUAAAAAGGAACGGUGAUGGCUCAAGUCUACCUAAUGCAAUUGUUGUGUCCAGUGCCAUUCCACCUGAAAAUGUGGAGAUUUUGCAUGCCAAAUCUCUUGGUGUACCAGUGUACAAGAGAGAUUAUUGGCUGGGAAAGAUAACAGAGCAUUACAACCUUAUUGCUGUAAGCGGAACACAUGGGAAAAGUACAACUGCUAGUAUGCUUGCAUAUGUUUUGAGUGCAAUGGGAGAUGACAUUACUGCUAUAGUUGGAGCUCAUGUUCCACAGUUUCAAGGGGGAAACAUUAUUUCUGGACGUGGUCGUAAUUUUGUCUUGGAGGCUGAUGAAUAUGAUGGCUGUUUCCUUGGAUUAUCACCUUAUAUUGUCGUGGUAACAAAUGUAGAAUGGGAACAUGUUGAUGUAUUUAAAGACGAGGAGGCAACUAUAAAUGCAUUCAGGAGGUUUCUCAAGAAGAUCAGGAGUGGUGGACAUCUCAUUUUAUGUGGAGAUAGUGAAGGUGCAUCUAAUUUGCUGAAUCAGAGAAGGCAAGAAACUGUAUCUGACCAUGCUCAGCUAACACCAAGUUUCCAGCUAUCCAGUGAUGGCUAUAGCAUAUCAACUUAUGGAAUAUCAAAUUUCAAUGAUUGGCAUGCAUCCUCAAUUCGCCUGAACUCACAAGGUGGUAGUGAUUAUGUGCUGUGUCAUAAGGGGUGUCCUCUGGCAGAAAUCAGCCUACAACUCCCAGGAGUUCAUAAUGUACUCAAUUCGUUAGCGGUUAUUGUUACAGUCAUGGCACUGGUCAAUGAUAAUAACCUAACUUGUGAUGCAAUCAACCGCUUGAGAUUUCACUUGAACAACUUUAUUGGUGUUUCUAGACGAUUCAAGAUGAUUGGUAGGAUUUGCAGCUGCCAUAUAUAUGACGAUUAUGCACACCAUCCAACAGAGGUCCAUGCAGUUAUCCAAACAGCCCGCCAAAAGUUUCCCGUUGGGGCUUUGUGGGUAGUGUUUCAGCCUCAUACCUUCAGCCGUCUAGCAGCAUUUAUGAAAGAUUUUGCUGCUGCAUUUGGUGAUGCAGAUCGAGUGGUUAUCACUGAGGUUUAUGCUUCUAGAGAAGUAAAUAUUUGGAACAUCAGUGGAAAAGAUCUAGCUACGUCAGUUGUGGGUCCAAGAUCUGAGUACAUUCCUUCACUGGAGGAUGUGGUAGAUAUAUUAGCACUUGGGAUAUCGAUAAACCCCAAUAGGGAAACUGUUGUCUUAACACUUGGUGCAGGUGAUAUUACAAAUGUGGGAGUGAAGCUACUUAGUAAAUUGCAAGAACGGUUGGAAAAAACAUAUUAGCAUAUGCUAUCUGAUGCUUAUUACCCCUCCCCAAUCGACAGUUUACUCCUGAGCAGGAAAAAAAAGCCAAACAGAAAAAUACAGUCUGGCAGUUUGGUCCAAGACCAACUUUGACGUAUAACUUUCAUUUGGAAUUUGAAGGGCUGAAAACACUGCAACCUGGAGUAUAACAUGAUGCUGGACCGGUAGUGGAGGCAUUUUGCAAUUGUCAACUGCAAGUUGGAUAUGAUAUUGAUACAGAUCAGAUUGGGUUUGUUGUGGGCUGUUAACCCAAUUUUAAAAUCAAACUGGGAUUGAUUGAAUCCGGAUAAGCAAUAUCUCUCGUACUGUUUUAUUUUCAUAAUGGGGGAAUUCACAUCUGCGCCCCACAUGCACAUCUCAGCGUGCAUUGGGAACAUCUCCCGAAGUUAUUCCACAUGCACACAUUGUUCCCAAUGCACGCUGAGAUGUGCAUGUGGGGCGCAGAUGUGAUGAGAUGUUCCCAGUGUACGGUUGUGAUGUUUUGUGCACAGGUUGUUGGCAGAGAUUUGUGAUCAGUAUAUCCUAACUUAGAUUAUGUAAUGUUCAUUUAAUUAAUAGCUCUCUAUUGUUAUUAA